UAGCUUCACAAUGGCUGACGAUUACAUGUCGGAUAGUUUCCUGGAGCAGGUCUGUGACGUGCGACCUGGUUUGGUGAGGGGGGUGGGAAAGAGAAAACUAGAGGUGCACAAGAGGCAGCUAUCCAACAAGCGUAAUGCAAAAGAUCAGUCUAGUUCGAAGAAAUUGAAUGCUAAAGAAACUUUGAUGAAAGGCCUCGAAACCAACGUUAUAAGUGAAGAUAACCCUGGAUUUAAGAUGAUGCAGAAAAUGGGUUUCAAACAGGGGGUUGGACUCGGGAAGCAAGGCGAAGGAAGAGUGGAACCCAUAAAGAUUGAACCCUUCAAGAAGAAGUCCGCUGGACUAGGGCAAGCUGCAGCAAAAGAGGAAGAAUGCAGAAAAAGGCUAAAAAUGGAGCAAGCACGUUUAGCUGCUUACAAACGGAACGAAGCCCAGCUGCUGCAACAGUUCCGAAAGAACAAAAGUCAAGAAGCAGAGAUGAAGCACAUGCUGAGUACGGUGAGAAAGUGCCAGAACGUUUGUCGUCAGAUGGAUGAAAAGUGUGGGAUAGUACCGCGAGAGAUCUGGUAUUGGCCUCCACAGAAACCUCAAGAGAAUUUGGAGUCUGACGAGGACGAGGACGAGGACGAGCAGGAGGAAGAGCAGCCAGAUCCAGAGAAUGUCAUAUUACCGGAACUAGACGCGUAUCUGAGAUACCAACACAGCUACUGUGUGUGGUGUGGAGUGAAGUACAUGCACAGAGAAGACUUGAUCACCCACUGCCCUGGAGACACUCAACAGGCACACGACCAGGAUGAUGCCGGGGACUUUGCCGGGGACACAGACUUUGCAGAUUGAGAAAACGUGGACUUUAGUCUGUAGUCGGGACACAGAUUCUUGUUUCUGCUUAUAAUUGAGAAAACGUGAACUUAUUAGUUAGACUGAUUGAGAUAACUCAGUAAUAUAUUGAUGUGUGCUAUUUCAAUUAAUAUUUUAAAUACCAUUUAAAAUCGAAGUCAUCAUUUAGACAUUUAAGACGCCGAAUUUUCUUUCUCAAAGUUCACGCCUGUCAGUGUCUUGACUCUUACAAACCAAUUUGUAGCUUAUAUUAAUGAUGUGUAACAGAUGUAUAAUAAGAGUCAUAUUUAUUGUUCAAAUAUUUGACGUAUCUAUAAAAUAAAA